GCUUAACCAACUGAGCCACCCAGGCGUCCCAAGCAGCUGAGUUCAAGGCUCAAGCGGAGAACACAUAGCUUCAGAGGCAGAAGGAGUCGAAGGUGCUCCCCAGCUUUGAACACUUCCCCUACUUGAGAUGCAUACAAAGGCAGUCCAACUCCUCUGGGGAUGUUUCUUCCUGUGGAAUCUCUACAUCUCAUCUGCCCAGACCGUUUACCCUGGAAUCAAGGCCAGGGUUACUCAGCAGGCUCUGGACUAUGGCGUUCUAGCUGGGAUGGAGAUGAUUGAGCAAAUGGUUAAGGAAAAAAAGAUCCCAGACCUAGAAGGCUCUGAAUCUCUGGAAUUUUUGAAGGUUGAUUAUGUGAACUACAAUUUUUCAAACAUAAAAAUCCAUGCCUUCUCAUUUCCAAAUACUUCAUUAGCCUUUGUGCCUGGUGUGGGAAUCAAGGCCCUGACCAACCACGGUACCGCCAACAUCAGCACCGACUGGGAAGUCAAGUCUCCGCUCUUCCAAGACACAGGAGGAGCUGAUCUGUUUCUCUCUGGCGUCUUCUUCACCGGUAUCAUUGUCCUGGCCCGCAACAACUUUGGUCACCCAAUCAUGAAGCUCCAAGACUGUUAUGCCCAAGUGAGCCACGCCCACGUGUCAUUUUCCGGAGACCUCAGUGUCCUGUACAACUCCUUUGCUGAACCCAUGGAGAAACCCAUUUUAAAGAACUUAAAUGAAAUGCUCUGUCCCAUGAUCAUGAGUGAGGUGGGAGCCCUGAACGCCAACCUCAGCAUGCUGGAGGUUUUAACCAAGAUUGACAACUAUACUCUCCUGGACUACUCCCUAAUCAGUUCUCCGGAGAUAACUGAGAAUUACAUGGAGCUGAAUUUGAAGGGCGUAUUCUACCCCCUGGACAACCUCAGCGACCCCCCCUUCUCACCAGUUCCUUUUGCGCUGCCAGAACACCACGACUCUAUGCUCUAUAUUGGAAUCUCCGAGUUUUUCUUCAAAUCUGCAUCCUUUGCUUACUUUACAGCUGGGGCCUUCAAUGUCACUCUCUCCAUGAAAGAGAUUUCCAACCAUUUGGUUCAAAACUCUCAAGGCCUUGGCAAUGUGCUUUCCCGGAUCGCAGAGAUCUACCUCCUGUCCCAGCCCUUCAUGGUGCAGGUCAUGGCAACAGAGCCUCCUGCAAUCAGUCUGCAGCCGGGUAACUUCACCCUGGACAUCCCUGCCUCCAUCGUGCUCCUCGCCCAGACCGAGAACUCAACCGCGGAAGCCAUCGUGUCUAUGGACUUUGUUGCUAGCACCAGUGUUGGCCUGGUUAUUUUGGGACAAAGACUGGUCUGCUCAUUAUCUCUGAACAGAUUCCGGCUCUCUUUGCCAGAGUCCAAUCGCAGCAAUAUUGAGGUCUUGAGGUUUGAGAACAUUCUGUCCUCUAUUCUCCACUUUGGAAUUCUCCCACUGGCCAACGCAAAAUUGCAGCAAGGAAUUCCCCUGCCCAACCCACACAAAAUCUCACUUGUCAAUUCUGAUAUUGAAGUUCUUGAGGGAUUCCUUUUGAUCUCCACCGACCUCAAGUAUGAAACGUCCUUAAAGCAACAGCCAAGUUUCCAUGGUUGGGAAGGUCUGAACCUCAUAAGUGGACAGUGGAGGGGGAAGCCCGCCGCUUGAUUGCCUGUUUGGAGCCCACCCCAGGCGGCCAGUGGCCCUUAAUCCACAGCUACUGUAAGCCCAGAAGGGGAGAACAGUGCACGCUGGAUUGUAAAGCCCUGCGAAGUGCUUAGGCUGACAGUUUUCCUUCUUGAGCCCUCAGGGACAGAGGGAGGCAAACUGAGUUAAAGAGCCAAAUCGGGGUGUGUGUGUGUGUGUGUAGGGGUAGGCGUUUAAGUGUUUCAUGUUUGAAUGCACAUUGUAUGUUUCUGUGUUUAUAAAACGCUGGGGCCUGGAGCUAGCCAUGUGCCCUGGAGGAGGCGCAUGAGAAAGCCCAAAGUACAGAUUUGCCCGAGUUCUUCAUGGAGGAGCUCCCUUUAGCUCUCUCAGCAACCCAGGGUUUCCCCCACUUCCCUCCAUAUUGGAUUGUCUGUUUUAUAUUUACUGCUACUGUCCCUUGUAUUUAAUUAAACUUGUUUUC